GCCGCGCCGUGCGGAGCUCCUACGCUGAGUCGCGCGCGCGUAGGCACCGCUCCGCUUACGCUCCGUCCGCUCGCGGUGGUGAACACCAGUGGACACUGGACUCACAGGGGACACUUGCAAAUAUCCCUGUGUUUGAGGGAUCUCUCCGGAUAUCUGGCGAGGCGCGCGCGCCACGACGUCCGGCGCAUUCUCACCGAUGGGUCCUCUGGAGUACCGUCACUACCGUCUCUUCGUCGUCUUCGUCGCUGUCAAUUCCGCCUGUCUCGCUUCGCGCGCUCAUCGGGGGAUCCUCGAGGCGGCCCACCGGUAAUUCCCGAGCCAAGAUUAGCGAAGAAAUUGGUGGGAAGAAUUAAUUCAUAAGAGCGUGUAAGUUGAACGAGAUAUUUAAACAUGGAUACUGGAUCGACACAGGGUAAAAAGCAAAUUCGCGUCGGAUUUUACGACAUCGAAGGCACGAUCGGCAAAGGUAACUUUGCCGUAGUAAAACUGGCUAGACAUCGAAUUACAAAAACAGAGGUGGCUAUUAAGAUAAUCGACAAAACCCAAUUAGAUCCUACUAAUCUAGAGAAAGUUUAUAGAGAGGUUGAAAUUAUGAAGCAGCUGGAACAUCCUCAUAUCGUCAAAUUAUAUCAAGUUAUGGAGACGAAGAACAUGAUUUACAUGGUGUGCGAGUACGCGAGCAAAGGUGAGAUUUUCGACUACAUAGCGCGAUAUGGAAGAAUGGGAGAACCCAGGGCACGUGCGACAUUCGCUCAAAUACUCUCCGCAGUCGAGUACUGCCAUGUGACGGGUGUGGCACAUCGUGAUCUGAAAGCGGAGAACUUACUUCUCGAUGCUCAGAUGAAUGUGAAAAUUGCCGAUUUCGGCUUCAGUAACAGAUUUGCCCCGGGGGAACGAUUGAGUACGUGGUGUGGUAGUCCUCCCUAUGCUGCUCCCGAGGUCUUUCGUGGGAAACAUUAUGCCGGACCGGAAAUCGACGUAUGGAGCCUGGGCGUUGUAUUGUACGUAUUAGUGUGCGGUGCACUGCCCUUCGAUGGAUCAACUCUUCAGUCAUUAAGAGAUCGUGUGCUAAGCGGCAGAUUUAGAAUUCCUUACUUUAUGAGCACAGAUUGCGAAAGCCUAAUACGUAAGAUGUUAGUGCUGGAGCCUUCCAAACGAUACACCAUUCCACAAAUCAAGAGGCACCGCUGGAUGGCGGGGACAGCAGAUAGCAUUUGUUCAGUGAUUGUAACGCGGCCAUCGUCAUCCAUUCAGGAACCAAAUGAACAAAUACUUCGACUCAUGCACAGUUUAGGAAUAGACAUUAGUCGCACGAGAGAGUCCUUACGAAAUAGCAGCUAUGACCAUCACGCUGCUAUUUAUUUCUUACUGCUGGAAAGGUUGAAACAACAUCGAGUUAGCAGUACCAUUAAUAAUGCCUGCUGGUCCACAGUGGCAAGAACAAAAGAAGAUAAAUUUAAAUCAAGAGGAAGAGAAGAUAGCAACAGAGGGGGAAAAAGAUUCAGCUCGACGAGUUCUUCAACCGAUGAAGGUUGUUGCAGUGCUGAAGGAGAUUUAGAAGAAGGUCCAAGCGGAGACGAAUUGCGCGAAGCGCAGAUCAAACUUGAAGAGCAUAGAUUAGGCCUAGAUCAUGAUAUCAGUCAACGAAUUGACAGUCAGAUAGUCAAUCGAAGAUUAAGUGAUUAUCAACAUCAUUUUGAUAACCCGCUUAUGGAUCCUAUUGAUCCACCCAGUCGAACAACUCUGUUUAUGGCGGGCGGCAGCGGUAGCUCGUCAUCGGAACUCUUCGAAUCUAGCUUCGAUUCUGGCUGUCCGCCAGAUUAUACAGGAACGAAUUGUUUCACGAGCAGCUUACCAUCUUGCACGCCACCGCCACCCAAGAGUCCAUCCCCAAUCGCUGGUCGAAUAUCCCGAGUCUCUCAGGGACGAAGAGCGUCCGAUGGUGGACCUAGAUUAUUAUUCUGUCAGCAAGGUGUCAGCGAUAGACCAUCCAAGCAGAGAAGUAUUCAAGAUUCGGGAAAAGCUCGAGGUCAUCUGGAUUUAGUCCAUCUUAGACCACCGUCCACACCGCCCGAUAAUCAACAGCAAUUUAAGAUACGCGGCGACUCGGGCACACAGCUGCAGCUUCUAGUGCAGCAACGUAUGCUGCAGCAAAAGCGUAAUUUAUAUCACCGGCACAGGGGCGGCGGUAGUCCGACCCCGAUCCCAGUUUCCACCGCCGGCAGCACCAGUAGACGUGCCGAUCACGUACCGAGGCAAGACAGCUACAAGCUGGCACAACGUACACAGAUUUUGCCGCCUCUCUCUCAAGGACACGUCGACAGAGACUUCGAUAGAGAUAGAAAGCGAGACGAGGAGAGGUGGAAGAGUCUACCGUCCCGCUUGGCAGCGGAUUGCCAGUUGGCAGAGAGGUCGCUUAUAUGGAGCCAGCAGGUGGGUCUUAGUGGAGGUGCAUCUUACUUACCACCUGGCAGUGUAGGUGGUUUCUUGUGGCCCGCCACCAGCAAUCCACAUUCAACGAUCUUCGAGAAUGUAGGGGAUCCAAUGGAAUAAAUUUCUGCCCUAUCGUUAAUUAUUAGUAAUGCCUCGAGAUCUUGCGUAUGAAAAGUCAGCUGAAUUAUUAUAUCAAAUUUCAGCAGUGUUCCCUCCCUAGUCUUUCCACGUUAACUUUUAUUAACAUACAUAGUUGCAUAUCAUUUUGCAUUUGAUAGAGAAACGCUAAAGUAUA